GAAGACACAAGCACAGAAGAACACAGAAUGACACAUGGAAGACACAGCUAGGCCAACUCAAGACAAUAUGGCGGCCAAUGAGAGUCCUCCCACCUCCGCUUACAACAUCUCUGAAGAAUUACGUAAACUAUAUGAGUCUGAAUUAAAACAGAAAUGGACAAUUUUGUGUGAAAUAGAAAAGCAGAUACGUGACAUAACUAUUGAAACAAAGUUAGACGAUGCCAAAAUGCAACAAGAAAAACCCAUAGCCCCAAAAGAGUUUGAUGAACUCGUUAAGGAAAAUAACCGACUAAACGAAUUAAUUGUCGAAAAAUUAAAAGAGCUACGUUUACUUGAAAUGAAAGCUUCAGGUAAUACGGAUGAUGCUAAUGUUGAAGAUCAGCCACCUCUCCGAGAAGAGCAUGGGAGGGCACAUGGAAGAGGUACAGACAGUGGUAUUGGCAGCACUUCAUCUUCGGUUCUUAAUCAAAGUACAGAAAGUGGUAUUGGCAGCACUUCAUCUUCCGUUCUUGAUCAAAGUACAGACAGUGGUAUUGGCAGCACUUCAUCUUCGGUUCUUAAUCAAACUUCAGGUAAUACGGAUGCUGAUGAUGCUGAUGAUGCUAAUGUUGAAGAUCAGCCACAUCUCCGAGAAGUGCAUGGGAGCGCACAUGGAAGAGCUUCAGGUAAUACGGAUGCUGAUGAUGCUGAUGAUGCUAAUGUUGAAGAUCAGCCACAUCUCCGAGAAGUGCAUGGGAGCGCACAUGGAAGAGGUAUUAUUACACAAGAGACCGAACCGCCAGCUGAGAAACACUUGAGUUCAUCUUUGUAUGGAUAUAACGAAGCAAUGGCAGGCACCAAUGUUAGCACAAAUGCUGAAAGGGCCACAGCUGCUUGUCCGAACGAACAUAAUUCUUUGGAAGAUAUCACGAAGAUUUCCGUCUUGGACAAUGAAUCGUCAACUCCAAAAGCCAUUCUAGUUGACCAGACUGCUGAAAAGGAAUUGCCUUCAGAUACUGGCUAUCCGAAACUUCCACUAGAAUCAGAUAGCACCUUGAUUAGCCAAAGUGCAGAUGGUGCCUUGAGUAACCAAGGAGAUAGUGCCUUGAAUAAUAACCAAGGAGAUGAUGCCUUGAAUAACCAAGAAGAUGGUGCCAUGAAUAACCAUGGUUCCUUCAAUAACCAAGCAGCAGGCGAUACCUUGAUUAGCCAGGCAGACGGUGCCCUGAUCAGUCUAACAGUAGAUGGUUCAUCUGCUGCACCAAGUGAUGGUCCUGCGGGAAGUCUGCAGUCUCAACAACUAGCUCAGGUUUCACCUCAAACGAACGAAUGAGACCCAUGUGAAUACGACGAAUCGUAUCCUGGGAGUGGGUGUUGAUGAGUACCCAAUGGCACUGCCUACGGGCAAUAUCUUAACAGGAGUGUGCAUUUUUCAUGCCAACUCCUAUGAGAUGUUGGAGGCGGAUUUUCUCGAACAUCCGGCGGUCGUUCCUGCUAGUGUGCGAGCCACUUGUUCCCCAUCGCCGCAUGUGUCAUUGCCAAUCGCGGAUCUGGAAUCGUUCAAACGGCUGGCCAAGUCGAUGUUCCAGGUUGGGGUCAUUUAGGUAAUAUCCUAUUUGGCUUGGAUAAGGCUGUCGAGAGCCUUCCUGCGAUGGCGAAAGGCUGUUUGGAGGCUUUGUCAAAAGCCUUUAAGCAUAUCGCUCAGUUAUCUGGCCGAUUGUUUGCGAACAGUCUUUUGUUACAGCGUGACCAUUACCUGGCGGGUUUGAGUGCGUCAAACGUCUGGUUUUGAGGGAAUUCCAUUAUACAGAGCAGGUACAUGUGCACAGGGAGGGUUUCUGGGGUCAAAACCCCUCCCUUCUGGGGUCAAAACCCCUCCCUGCUCAUACAAUUUUUUUCUUCUAAAAUGUACCCAAAGAGCUCGCCCUGUAUAUUACCAAAUUAGACAAUUGCUAAUUUUUACACAAAGUAGCUCCAACAUUUAGUAAUAAAAUAUUAACCAGAUUUUAGUAAUUUUCAAAGACAUAUUGUACAUAUCUAAAAAAAAUGGCUAAAACAAAAUUCAUUCCAGUGGGAGCCCUUUCUAAGAAUUAUGUCAGCAAGUGAUCUACGUCACGCCAAUAUUACACUAGUUAAAUAUUGAGUGAUUGUUAUGGCAAGCAAUAUCUUACACUAGUGUGUAAUAAAAUAUAACUACAUUGGGCAUAAUAUGUAUUGUGAUUCAGGUCAUCCUGGUGUCUUGUCAGGUGGGGUGUAGCCAAGUUGUAAAGCGCUCACCAAAUUUGUGGUUGGUCUAGGAUUGAUCCUUGUCAGUGGGCCCAUUAGGCUAUUUCUCAUUCUAUCCAAUGCUCCACAACUGAUGUAACAAAGGCUGUGGUAUAUACUACCCUGCCUGUGGGAAGGUGUACUUUCAAGCGAAACAGAAAAGGAGCAUACAUGACAAAUGAAAAUCAGUGACUUUAAUUCUUACAAAAACUGUUAAAGCUGAGAACAUUAACCUGAACAAUUCGGUCAAGAAAUCCUCAUCCGUGGAUGGAUGGCAUUAAGUGUGAUGCAUGUGCUAAACGUGUAAUCUCUGAUUUCCUAUUGAGUUUCCAACAAUCUUCAUUGUGUUCCGCCUGAAUAUAUUACUAUCACUGGUAUUAAGUUUAUAAGGUUUAAAUUACAUAUGUAUUUGACGAUGCAGAUGUUUGUUAAUGUAUAUUUAUGUUAUUGUUACUGUAAAUAAAUGUAUAAUAUGGUGUUGUUUUUGCUCUGCCCAUAUGCAGGUGUUAGGCAAAUAUAUUAUUCUUAUUCUUAAUAACUAAAAUAACUGGCUAUUGGUAGGGGGACCUCAUCCCCAAAACCCCAAACAUACAUUGUAACAACAGACUGAACUGUUUUAUCUUUCUGUUUGGUGUUAAAAUAAAAAUUAAAAAACAAAAAAUGUGUUUCCCAAGAACAUGACCCUAUACCUAGAAGAAAUUGGCCAACCCAGAGAGGGACAGAGAGAGAGAGAGAGAUAAAGAAUGAGAGGCCAACCUAUCCGUCCUAUUAUUUUUUAUUCAUUCCUUCAAACACUUUUUUUUUUAAAAACCCUCAUUGUAAACUGAUGGCGAGUGUGUUCUGCAUUGUGAUUGGUUAAUUACAUUCUUUGCCUGUUCCGUGCAAUUGGAACAGGCAAAGUUGACGAUUCAAGGGUCUUCAGUUAGAUUGUAGCCAUAUAUUUUUUUUAAGAAAUAUCAAAUAUACAGUUAGUUCCAUAGAAAAAUGAUUCGUUUAUAAUGGACAUAAUUAUGUGGAGUUUUUUUAUUUGCAGAUGUUAUUGUUUAUUUGAUGCCCACAAAUGUUAAAUUUUUUUAUCUCAGGCUAACGCCUUUGCAGGAUCAAAUAGACAAUAACACCUACAAAUCUAAAAAUAUGGUUAUCUCCUAAUUCUAAAACAAACAAAAAACAACAACCCAAAAUAAUGACCAAACAGGAUCUGCGACUAGAUCUGAAUGCCCAGUGUUUUUCUCCCUUAAAAACUUUUAAAAUGCAGAUAUGGGAAUGACACAGGCCAUAGAUAUUUAGUUAUUUUUCUAUUUUAUUGUAAAAUUUUGUAAUCAUUAUUGAAUAUUUUACAACACUUUGUUAUUUAUGAUAGAUUGAAUAAAAUUAUAAACACUC